CUCGUCCCUCUCCGCGCGAGCCUGCUUUUCCUAUCGUGUGGCUUCCCAGGAAGGGUUUUCUGUGGAGCCUUCCUGGCUUCCCUCAGCUACUGGGGGCUGAGGCUGGAUCUCUGAGGAUGGUGUGUUCUGCUCAGUGGCUGGAGUGGAGACGAGCCGUUGCUCAGCUGUCCUGCCUUCUGUGAAGGUGCAGCCAUGUCUGUGAUGAUAGCGAGGAAGAAGGUGACGCGGAAAUGGGAGAAACUGCCGGGAAGGAACACAUUUUGCUGCGAUGGGCGUAUCAUGAUGGCCCGACAGAAAGGCAUCUUCUAUCUGACCCUCUUCCUUAUUGUGGGAACGUGUGCCCUCUUCUUUGCUUUUGAGUGUCGCUUCCUUGCUGUCCAUCUCUCUCCAGCCAUUCCUGUCUUUGGAGUAGUCCUUUUCCUGUUUGCGAUGGCUACGCUCUUGAGGACCAGCUUCAGUGACCCAGGGGUGAUUCCGCGAGCCCUGCCUGAUGAGGCAGCUUUCAUUGAAAUGGAGAUUGAGGCGACCAAUGGAACUGUGCCUCCGGGCCAGCGGCCGCCCCCACGCAUUAAGAACUUCCAGAUCAAUAACCAGAUAGUGAAGCUGAAGUACUGCUACACAUGCAAGAUUUUCCGUCCUCCCCGUGCCUCACAUUGCAGCAUCUGUGAUAACUGUGUGGAGCGGUUUGAUCAUCAUUGCCCCUGGGUGGGGAACUGUGUGGGGAAGAGGAACUACCGUUACUUCUACCUCUUCAUCCUUUCCUUGUCUCUUCUCACCAUCUACAUCUUCUCCUUCAACAUUGUCUACGUCGUCAUGAAAUCCCUGAAGAUUGGCUUUUUGAAUACUUUGAAAGAAACCCCAGGGACAGCCCUGGAGGUUUUGAUCUGCUUCUUCACUCUUUGGUCUGUGGUGGGUUUAACUGGUUUCCACACUUUCCUGGUGGCGCUGAACCAGACAACGAAUGAAGAUAUCAAGGGUUCUUGGACUGGGAAAAACCGUGUGCAGAAUCCCUAUAGUCAUGGCAACAUUGUGAAGAAUUGCUGUGAGGUUCUGUGUGGACCUCUGCCUCCCAGUGUGCUGGAUAGACGGGGCAUCUUGCAGCAGCAGGAGAGCACUGCCCCAGAGAGCAGUCUUGGGCCUGAGCCCAGAACACAAGAAGAAAGGAGCACAGAGGAAGCCAGUGCCCCCAAAGCCAGUGGUGCCUCGGAAGGUGGCAGUGCCCUCCAAGAGGAAAAUUUGCUCCCGGUGCCAACAUGUAAGGUGCCACAGGAAACGGUGCAGCCGCCUGCUGCAGCACCGACCGUUCCAUCCCUGGAUCACAGACAGACAACACAUUAGCCCCUGAAGUGGAUAUGGACACUGCUUUUGUUUGGCUUACUCCUUGUGAAGCUGCAAAGCGGGCGAGGGCGGGAGCAGCAGGCUGGACAGUGGCCUCGCGGUUCCCCUUUGGCUGUUUGUUCACCAGUGGUUGUGACCAGUGUCUACAAACUGAAGGAUGUCAGCACUCCCUUUCUCAUGGAGGCUGAACCCCCGUUGUGCUGCGGGGGGACUCUUGCCCUCAUGAGGCAAUUGCUGCUGACUGGGGCAGGCCUACCUCGCCUGUCUUCAGUCUCUAACACUAUUAAGUGAGUGCCUCUCCGGCCCCAGCCCCGGCAUCACUGAAGCAUGGAGCCAGUUGGGAAGAAGACGGAGCUGGGGGCAGUAUUCUCUGUACCAUCUUCCUACCUGUGAUUGCAGUAUUGUGUCUUUGGCUGAACUCGGCUGCCAGUGGAGCCAAGUUGCUAAUGGGAGCUAGGGGUUCAUAAGGAGAACCCUGCCGAAAUGUUCCCUGACAAACCGUGCCAUAUGGUACCUUGGGGCCCCCAGGUGGUUCUACAGCAUAAAAUAGCCAGCCAGGAGAGCUGAAUGUCUUUCAUGGCCCCAAGCCCCCUUCGUCUAACUAUUGGAACUCUGUGGUGCAGUAUCACUCUGUCCUCUUUCUAACCCUCUCUUCCAGAUAGUAAGUCUUUCCGAUCUCUUGAUCCCUCCUUUCCACACACCGCCAUCUUUUUGUUCUUUGCCGCAUUAGUGCUUGGAUCGGCUGUGGGAAAGUCCGACCUUCCCUUCUGACUAGCAGUUUAGUCAGGGCUGCUGCGGGGUGAGCCACAAGGGUGGCAAAGUGAUGCGGUUGCAUAAGAGGCGACGGCACAUAGUUGGGAAGCUGACCACUGCACAAGUGUAGGCAGGUUGGCGCCUGUUCUGUCAUUUCCAUAUGGCCCAUACGUCUCUUGGUGCCUGAGCUCAGUUGUCUCAGUGUGGAGCGGUGCUCUUGGUAUUCAUGCGAACUGCUCUGCCCAGACCCUUUUGUGUCUCCCAAUCCCCUCUGUAUAUAAGUGAUGGGGAGCUGCCCAAAAUAGGGCUGACGAGGAAGCCUUAUGUGCCCUGAAGGAAGAGAGGAGUGGGGUGGGGGUGACUAGUUAGCCUUCUGUGCCAUUUCAAGCUGACUCAGAGAUAAACUGCACAUAUGGCAUUAAUCUGCACCAUAUGAUUCUAUUUUGACUGGGCCAGUCAGAAAUAAAAACAGAAAAACCUUCCUUGCGUACAGAAAACUAAUGUGGGGGUAAGGGGGAGAAGACAAGCUAGAACCCUUCUGCCUGAAAGGUUUUCUUUAUGCAAGGAACUGUUGUUUUUCGGGUAUGCAUUUACAAAAAAUACUUGUUUCCACGUUCAGUUCAGCUGUCACUGAGUCAGACGUAUCCCAGGUGCAGUGGCUCACCUCUCUCUUGAGGAGGCAGCAGAGAGUUGCUAAUCUUUCCCCCCUGGUCUAAGAAGCAGCCUUUUUUCUCAGGUGUCAAGGCCAGUGAAAGAAGAGAAUGGGCAGGGAGCAGUAGUUCCUUUGUUUCCGACUACAGUUGACCUGAAUUGGAUCUGCUACAUGCCUCUGUCCCUGAUUGGCUUGGCACAAGCCGCAUCUCUGGCUCUCCCUGGGCCGUGGGAUCCUCUGACAAGACUCUUACUGUGUUUCUGGGUUGCAAAAGAACUGUAGCUAAGUUUGUGGCCUCACUGUCUCUCUCUCUGCAGGGGGAAGAUCAGUGUUCCCCUAUGGUUGACUGGGGAGGGCCGUUUCCUUUUCUAGCCUGGUGGUGUGGUGGUCUGUGUCACUUUCUUCUUCACCCACUGGGCAAUAGUGGGAGGCAAGAUCAGGCAGAAGGGCCUCUGCAGUGCUUCAUGACCCACUGCUGCUGUUUGCCCUCCUUCCUUGCGGCAAGGGCAGAGGCUGUGCCACUCUCCCCUGCUACUCACCAAAUCUCAACAGUGUUUCAGCCGUCUUAUUUGGGGUGUAUUUCUGAUGUACUGUGUCAAAUUGCUCCAGGGAGCAGGAUGGUCCUGGCUGCCUUGAGGCUUCAGUGUGCUCCUCUGAUCUCAAUGAAGGCAUUGGAAUUUGUUUGA